AUGGAAUUCCGAAAGGUUGUUGCGAUUGUAACGGGCGGCGGCCGCGGCUUUGGCCGUGCCUUUGCGGAAGAAAUUCUGGCCUGCCAUGGAAAAGUCAUGAUAACAGAUAUCAAUCUGUACGAGCUGGAAGCCACGGGGAAGGAACUGCGUCGCAAGCACGGCGAGAAGAACGUGUGCUGGGACUGUCAGGACGUAACUGCGAAAGACAGUUUUCCGCGUGCUUUUGAAUACGCCAGCAAUCACUUUAGAACGCCUGUAAACGUUCUAGUAAACAAUGCUGGUAUUGCCGGAGAUUUGACAUUCUAUGACUCCAAAAGUACCACCUGGGAGAAUGUUAUUAACAUCGAUCUAACUGCACUCAUUCGAGGUACCCAAUUUGCAAUCGGUGAGUUCAAGCGCACACUUAAUGGCGAGGAAGGUGUAAUUGUGAAUCUUAGCAGUAUGGCUUCUCUCUUCCCCGUGCCGUUUUCACCCGUAUAUGCGGCGGCCAAGGCUGGUGUCACGGGUUUCACCCGUUCGCUUUAUCAGCUUAAGAAGUCGGAUAAUAUCCGCUGCUUCGGAAUGUGUCCGGCUUUUGCCGAGACAGAAAUGGGUCGCUCGGCCGACAAGGAUGCUCCAGAAUACACUAAGAUGAUGGGUGGUCUCUUACCUGUCAAGGUUGUUGUGGAUGCCUUCGCCGCUGGCAUGCGUGAGUCUGAUAAUGCUGGACGCAUGCUACGUAUUACGAGUAAAGGCACGGUGUACAAUCGCUUUCCCGGCGACCAGACAUUAUUUCCGAACUCUAAACUGUAG